CACGAAGAAAGAACCUCUGAAUUCAAAGACACUAGCAACAAAGAAAGAAGCACUGAAUUUGACAACGACAAAAAAAAAGCACCAAACUCAAUAACACCAACAAUGAAAGAAAAGACAGAAGUACCAAAUGAUGAAAUGAAAGUAACCUCUGAACUCAAAGCACUAGCAAUGAAGAAAAGUACCGAAUUUGACAAUGAUGAAGAAAAAAGCACUGAACUUGAUAACACUAAUGAUGAAAGAAAAAACAAAA